ACUGGCGGGAAUCUUGCAGCAAUGUGAUGUUAUGUGAUAAAAUAUUUUUACUCAUCAAAAUACUUGUCAAAAUACACAAUAAUUUUGGAAGAAUCUUUAUUUGCUAGUGUUUAAAAUGAGCAACAGCAUACUUGCAAUCUUCAGUCGUAAAAUGAAUAUAGUCUGUGAUGAUGUACUGAGAAAAGCAGACGAGUUUCAACGUAUCGUUGAAGUAAGAUGUGGGUCCAGUCUGUCAUCUCUGAAUUUGACUAGUACAGCCAUUGUUGUAAUAUGUUUGGAAAUAGCAGCAAAUUCUUCUGGAUUAUCAACUUCACGGGACACUUCAAUUCAGUUAUCGGGAUUAACAAAGAAAUUUUAUUGCAAUGCCUAUAAGACUGUUGAAAGUAUCCUUGGUCAAGAAAAACGUAUUUCGUUACAAGAUCUUGCAGUGAUGUUUGGAUGUUUAAGUGCUGCACCUUAUGCAAAGAAAGUUUUUGAAAAAUUCAAGUCCACUCAGAAUAGUGGCAUAGAUUUGGACCAACCAUUAUUUGUGGCUGCUACAUUUUAUAUUGUUUGCAGAAGUAAAAAAGUGCGUAUAGAUAAGACAAAGCUGAUGAAUAAAAUCAAUGUGAAAAGGUCCCUGUUUGACAAAGUGUGUAAGCAAAUAAAACCAGUUAUGGAAAAGAUGUCAGAAACUGGAAAAAAGUUUAAACGUCCGUACAGUUGGCUUGAAGAAAGUUGUGAAAAGAGUACAAACAGUGAGUCAUCAAAUAAAAGAAUUCGAGUUCUUGAAACAGAGAAAAAACAGAAGGAAAUGGAAGACUACAUAAAUUGGAAGAGAAAAUUAUUAGAAUAGAAGAAAAUCUUAAAAGCAAUUUUUUGUUUCAUUUUCAAGCAACUUACGUAUAUUUACAUUAGGCAAAAUUAAAGCUUUACAAAAAGA